UCCAGGGUUCUGUCGCGGAUUCAGGAGCAACUGGACCGACUGCGCAGGCUCGAACCCAGUGACGUCGCCCGUCUAGCACUUGUCCCCGCCCCUCCUGUGUAGCGGCUGUGUGCCUUCUCCUGCUCCUUUGAAUUACGCAUGCGCACAGGGUUGUCUCCCGCGCAGUCACUUUGCGCCAAGUGCGCGGCCGCUGCUGGGGGAGGGGAGACGCACGUAAGCAGCCACGGAAGGAGUGAAGCCCGGGACGUUCCGGUGGCCUGUCACCGCCUCCUGGAGCCCCUGACCCCCUUUCCCCUGGAAUAAGUAGGCCCGACAUGGCCGGAGCUCCUGUGUUUCCUGCAGAGCGGAGGAAGACCCGGCGGCUCGUCGGCUAGGCCUUCCCUAGGCCUCGCCACAUCCCCGGAGUGGAGAUCUUCUCCCCCCCUCACCUCUCUACACCGCUUCCAACCGACGUGUUCCUGUCAGCUGUGGAGAGCCUGAGGCCGCAGGCCUGCCUGUUUCCCGUUACUUGCCCGCCUGAUAUCUGCAGGGAGCCCGCUGUCUUCUCUUCACCCCGACAUUCCUGGCCUCCCAUAUACACCAAGCCGCCAUGGAGACCAAGACCAUCGUCUACGACCUGGACACGUCUGGGGGCCUCAUGGAGCAAAUUCAAGCUCUUUUGGCACCCCCAAAAAGUGAAGAUGGAGAAAAGAAAAGCAGGAAGCCAGAAAAAGAACCCAGGAGAAGCGGAAGAGCCACAAACCACGACAGCUGUGAUAGUUGCAAGGAAGGAGGUGACCUCCUUUGCUGUGACCACUGCCCUGCAGCCUUCCACCUCCAGUGCUGCAAUCCACCUCUUAGUGAAGAAAUGCUGCCCCCUGGAGAGUGGAUGUGUCAUCGCUGCAGCAUACGCAGGAAGAAACGUGAGCGUAAGAAGGAGCUGGGACAGGUCAAUGGCUUGGUUGACAGGUAUGGAAGGAGGACUGUGUCUCCUACCAAUGACUUGGAUUUUUCGGAGCGAGCUGCUGGCAGCCUUCGAAACCUUGCCCAAGCCAGGAUGUUGGAGAGGAGAGUAAGCCGCCCAGGCACGCCUACAUCUAGUGCCAGUACAGACACUCCCAAUUCUGAGCAAAAUGAUGUGGAUGAGGACAUGAUUGAUGUGGAUGAUGAUCCUUCUGGAGAGUCUGAGAGCGGACAUUCGCAACUCAAAAGACCAUUUCAACUGCUUAUUGCAGCAGCCAUGGAACGGAAUCCCACCCAGUUUCAGCUGCCCAAUGAACUCACCUGCACCACAGCACUUCCAGGCACCAGCAAGCGAAGAAGAAAAGAGGAAAUGACAGGAAAAAACGUAAAGAAAGCACAGCACGAGCUGGAUCACAAUGGUCUGGUCCCAUUACCAGUUAAAGUCUGCUUCACUUGUAGUAGGAGCUGUCGUGUGGCGCCCUUGAUCCAGUGUGAUUACUGCCCUCUCUUGUUUCAUAUGGACUGCUUGGACCCCCCUCUUACUGCCAUGCCAACCGGUCGUUGGCUGUGUCCCAAUCACAUUGAACAUGUUGUGCUCAAUCAGAAGAACAUGACUUUGAGUAACCGGUGCCAGGUGUUUGACCGAUUCCAGGAUGGUGUUUCACAGCAUGCAGUAAAAGUGGACUUUCUGAGCCGUAUCCAUAAAUUGCAUCCCCCAAACCGCCGGCUUUUGCCUUCGAUCAGGAAAAACACAGUCAAGGUACCAGAAGCUAUCAAGGCACAGUAUCAGGCACCUCCAGAGAUAAUACCUCCUGCUGGCAUACGUGACGGGGAACUUAUCUGUAAUGGUGUACCCGAUGAGUCCCAGAAGCACCUCCUGCACUCUGAACACUUGGCUAACCAAGCAGAGCAACAAGAGUGGCUCCGUAGUGUGGUUGCACUUCAGUGCAGCAUAUUGAAAUACUUGUCUGCUAAGCAGAUGCCAUCCUGGGGGCCAGAUGACAUUGAUUCGUUGGAUAUCAAACCACUUAUUGCACCUGAUGGUUCCGUUUCUAACUCUCACCAGCACGAGGAUGGAAAGCCCCAGUGUCCUUCUUUAGAACUGUGUCCUAGCAGUCAGGCUGCAGCUUUGCAGGAAGACUGUUCUUUUAUAGGAAAAUCGCGCCUCUCCACCAGCUGUGGCGCCUCCAAUGGACCUUCCACAUCAGAAUCUAAAACUAAUGGGCCGCAUACUUUCAGUGUUAGCCCAAGCCCCACGGAACAAUUGACUGAGCAACAAAGGCUAACUGUAACUAGUGCUACUAUUUCUGUACUUCCCCAGCGACCAACACGGCCUAGAUCAGGAACUCCGCCUACAGCAACUGUACUCCCCAACCACGUGAUGAAGACAGAGAGCACAAUAGGAUCCACAAUUUGUGCUCAAAGACUUCCUGUACCUGCUAUCGCACCUCCAAAUUCCUGUUCCAGUCCAGAGCUUUCAAGCACUUUGUCACGAAAACAUACCCAAAUGCUACCUGGACCUUUGCUCAGUCAGCAUGACUCUAGACCCAUGGGGUCACCUCUUUCUGGCACAAGGGCACUUACUCCUCCACAGGCGGUCAGUGUUGAUCUCACAUCUGCAGCUCCUGGUGCCUCCCGACUUUGUGCAGCAGCUCCAACUGCAGAUGGAAAAGUCCGACCUAGUACAUUAAUGCUUGAUGGCGCUUCAACCAGUCUUUCAUCCUGCACAAUAAACCCUUCAUCUAUGGUGGAACUGACAAACUCUUUAAGAACAUUGAUGGAUGGGAAUGGAGAGAUCCAGAUAAAUAUGUUGGAUGAGAAGCUGGUGAAGUUUUUAGCCAUGCAAAGAAUCCAGGAGAUUUUCGCAUCAAAAGACAAUCCUGUAUCAAGUGCCAGCCGACUGCAGCCACCUCCUUCGAGCGGACAUCAAGCUGAAGCUCAGAAAAGAGACGUUCAGGCCAGAGCAGUCUUUUAUCCCUUGAUGAUGGGCGUUGGGGCUCCCGUUAACAUGUGUUAUCGCACUCUCUACAUUGGCACAGGGGCAGACAUGGACGUGUGCCUUACAAACUAUGGUCACUGCAACUAUGUGUCUGGCAAGCACGCCUGCAUAUUUUAUGAUGAAAAUACAAAGCAUUAUGAGCUGCUGAAUUACAGUGAACAUGGUACGACUGUUGACAAUGUCCUUUAUUCCUGUGAUUUCUCUGAGAAGAUCCUCCCUACCCCUCCCAGUAGUAUUGUUGCCAAAGUGCAGAACGUUAUAAAGCGCCGCAAGAGCCAAAAUCCAGAGCCGGAACCUGUUAAAGAAGAGGUUGUCAUGAGCUCUCAGGGACAAGGUCCCCAUGCACAGCCAUGUAACUGCAAGGCCAGCAGCUCUAGUCUUAUUGGAGGAAGUGGAGCGGGCUGGGAAGGCACAGCUCUUCUACACCACGGUAGCUACAUUAAAUUAGGCUGCAUCCAAUUUCUCUUCUCUAUCACAGAGUUUGCAACAAGGCAGCCGAAAGGAGAAAGUGAUGCCUUAGCACAAGACCUGGACUUAGAAGAAAAGCUGCCUCUAAAGUCGCCUCACCAGGUGCCUGUUUUACGAUCCAACUCUGUCCCUUAGGAGCCAAGCAUCAAAUCUCUUAAGGGAUUUAGGACUCUUCUAUAAAAGGACACACUUGUCAGAGCGACCAUAUGAGGCAGCCUCCCAGGACCCUGUUUUUGGCCAGAAAAAGUUUGCACAUUUGCAUGAUAUGAAGAAACUUCACCCUUUUUCCUCUCUACUUUGCUCAGUUUUUAGGGGCAUUUGCACAUAUAUUUCUAUCAUACAUUUCAUAUAUUAUAAAUAUAUAUAAAUAUAUAUUUUUUUUUUUAUUGUAAAACUCAAACAACCCUCCCCUGUUGUGAACUUACCUCGACACUCUAAAAUCUGGAGACCAGACAAUUUAAAACAAAUAGGAUUUUUUUUCAUCAUGCCGCUGUAAAUGAAUAGGACACAAACUCAUCUAUUUUGUGCAAGUGAGAAUUUUAUAUAGUAAAACCAUUUUUUUUUUUUUUUUUUUUCAUGAAAUAUUUUCCUCAUUUUGUUACCUUUACAAAUGUCCCACCGUAGAACCUUUCACAUGACCUCAACUGCAAUAAAGGUUACCUCCCUCCAAGCUUCGAGAACCACAUUCAAAGUUUUGUACAUACACAGACGGCUGCCCUUUUUUUGCCCUGUUCAUUUUUAAAAAGUUUUAAAAUGUAUACAGUGCCGCGUGUGAUGCCUUUUGGCUCCUGUCUGUUGUAACAAAACAUUUUGUUGUAUACAUAUUUGUCCCCCCCCCUUUUCUUUUUUCUUUUCUUUUCUUUUUUUUUUUUUUUUUUUAAUGUAAUACUGCCACUUCUCUUUGAGGAGGUUGGAAAAGCUAGAGUCAGUGUAAAUAUAAUUGUAUUGUUUUAGAUUUUACAAAACCUUUUCCUGUAUUCUGUAUAUAUAUACAUAUAUAUAUAAAAAGUUGAUUCUUUCUGA